GCUUUCAGGCACCGGCGGCGGAGUUUGGCCCGGAUCUGGAAGAUCUGUACCCGUAGUGACGGCGGCGUGGAGAAGUUUCCCUGUGGCUGUUGUUGCGUGGGUUUUAGACCACGGACCUUAGAGAGGCCGUGACCGGGCCCCGCUGAAGGCCGCAGCAGGCCUAGGUAGCAUAGUCCUGACACUCGGCGCCCCUGGGGAAAGAGCCGCAGCUUUGCUUGGUCUUCGGCCGCGGUGGCUGGAGCAGCUCAGCCUUCUCGAUCUCCCUCCGUGACUCCCCGGUGACCGACGAAAAGCUCCCUUGGGAUUUCGAUUCAUGAGGUCACCUUGAGCUCAGGGCGACGCGUAGCUUGUAGUUCGUGGCUGCACUCGGCUGUUCAGGAACUUUGUGAGAGUUUCAAUAUAUGGAAACACUGUCUGUUCCAACUAGUGUGUAUCCGAAAGUCUCAGUAUAAUUCCAGGACCAAAAUAGUGCAUGUCACUCAGUCAGCCAGCCAUACACUUAAUGACUCCUAAAAUCUCAUGGACUUCUAAAGAGGCACCAUGGCCAGUGCUGCUGUUGUGAUUCCUGGGUUGUUGCGAGGCUCUGCUGGAGCCAUCUGCACUCCGGCUGCUGCGCUGACAUCGGCACCCAGGGCCUUGCGUCACCUUACUCUAACCAGCAUAAUGAAAUCCAAAAGGAAAACUGAUCACUUGGAGAGAACUGCAAAUGUCGUUCGACAGGAGGUCGUGUCCGCGGCCAAGGUAUGUGGAGCUGCUGAUGAGUCCCCCUCCGUGAAGAGGCUCCGCCUGCUUGUUGCUGAUAAAGAUUUCUCUUUUAAAGCUGGCCAGUGGGUUGAUUUCUUUAUCCCAGGAGUCUCUGUGGUUGGUGGGUUCUCAAUAUGCUCUAGCCCCAGACUGCUAGAACAAGAGAGAAUGAUAGAAUUGGCAGUGAAAUACACGAACCACCCUCCUGCUCUCUGGAUUCACAAUCAGUGUACACUUGACUCUGAAGUGGCAGUGAGAGUGGGUGGAGAGUUCUUCUUUGACCCUCAGCCUGCAGAUGCCUCUAGAAACCUCGUGUUGAUUGCAGGAGGAGUCGGAAUUAACCCUCUGCUUUCCAUCCUGCUGCACUCGGCAGAUCUCCUCAGAGAACGAGCAAACAAAGGGAGUGGAUACGAUAUAGGAACAAUAAAACUAUUCUACAGUGCAAAAAAUACCAGCGAACUCCUGUUUAAGAAAAAUAUCCUCGAUCUAGUAAAUGAAUUUCCUGAGAAGAUUGCAUGCAGUUUGCAUGUUACAAAACAGACUACACAAAUCAGCGCAGCGCUGAAGCCAUACAUCACGGAAGGAAGACUAACGGAGAAGGAGAUAAGAGAUCAUAUUUCAGAAGAGACUUUGUUCUAUAUCUGUGGCCCACCUCCAAUGACAGAUUUUUUCUCCAAGCAACUGGAAAACAGCCAUGUUCCCAAAGAACACAUUUGCUUUGAGAAGUGGUGGUAGCGAGCGGGCAGAGGUAGACAAGAGAAAGCUCCGAGAGCCACCCAGAACAAUCACAGAUAUUCUGUUAUAUGACUUGUGGCCAGAUGAAUUUACGUCUAUUCAGUCUUAUUUUCUAAGGCUGUGAACUAAGUGACCCACUGGAGAAUAACAGAAAAACCAACUGACAGACCUAAAUGAUAAAACUUUUUGCAAAGACUCCAUUGAUUAGACUAUUUUUUACUAUAUUGACUUUCUUUGAUUAAUAACUGAUUAUCUCAUGCUGCACUUGAAUUGGUCAAUAUAGAUUUUCUUUCCCCUGAGGGAAGGAAAAAGAAAAGGAAACUUACAUUGAAUCAUAUGAAAAUGUGGUUUUGCCUGUGAAAUGCAGGCUGUCUUUACAUUAUUUGACAGCAGCCUACUAUCUUAUGUUCAAUAAACUUAUAAUUUAAACAUGUUCUUAA